CAUUGGAUUGUGUUCAAAUCCGUUUUCUUUAACUUAAAGGGAAAAAGAAAGACGAAAGGAGCGGGCGUCGAGCAUAGAGGGGGAGACUGGAACACCGACGAAACCCUAGCAGCAGAAUCUCUCUCCCGGUUAGCGGGAGCAAGUUAUCGAUCGUUGGCUUUCUUCCAUCAGCCCCCGAAAAGAUGAACAAGCUAGGAAUAGGGCGCCGGGACAAAGUUCAGCAGUUUAUGACCAUAACUGGGGCAAGUGAAAAAGUUGCUCUUCAGGCUUUGAAGGUCAGUGAUUGGAAUCUUGAAGGAGCAUUUGAUGUAUUUUACAGCCAGUCACAAGUCAAGUCAUCUGCUGAUACAAGGCGGUUGGGGGAGCUUUACAAUAGAUACAAAGACCCGUAUGCUGACAUGAUUUUGGCUGAUGGGAUUAGCCUCUUCUGCAAUGACAUUCAGGUUGAUCCUCAAGAUAUAGUUAUGUUGGUUCUUUCAUGGCACAUGAAAGCUGCAACCAUGUGUGAAUUCUCCAAGCAGGAGUUCAUUGGUGGAUUACAAUCUCUCGGAAUAGAUUCAUUGGAAAAGCUCAGAGAAAAAUUGCCAUUUAUGCGUUCAGAGAUGAAAGAUGAACAUAAGUUUCGAGAGAUUUACAACUUUGCUUUCAGCUGGGCAAAGGAGAAGGGUCAGAAAUCUUUGGCCUUGGACACGGCUAUUGGGAUGUGGCAAUUGCUGUUUGCUGAAAAGGACUGGCCAUUGGUUGAGCAUUGGUGUCAGUUUCUGCAGGCAAGGCAUAACAAGGCUAUUUCACGGGAUACUUGGUCUCAGCUCCUAGAAUUUGCAAGGAAUGUGGACCCUGCGUUAUCAAAUUAUGAUGCUGAAGGAGCUUGGCCAUAUCUUAUAGAUGAAUUUGUUGAGUACUUGACUGAAAAUAAUAUCGUCCAAAUUGGUCAAAUGAGUGAUUGGAGCCAGAAAUGCUGAUGGUUUACCCCAGUUGCUACCGUGCUGUGUAAUGUUAUUGUUUGGUGUUUGAACUGUUUCCAGUUUUCAAGAACAAAUUCAUGUACAAAAUACGCAAGGACAUGAGUCAUGACUACUCUAAAUGCAAAGUUAUUGUUGACUGAUUUGGAUUUCUUGGACAAAUUAAGGACUUGUACAUGGGAUGAGCCCCAGGAGAAGCAAAAAAAUGGAGGAGCCAAUGUUAUUUCCUGA